AUGCGUCCUGACAGUCAUCCCAACGUGGUUGGCAUGGAUGUGUCCAGUCCCGGGGCAGCAUCCCCGUCCCAUAUGCGCAAGAACUCGGCUCCAGGGACUGGGCGGUUCUCAUUCUUUGGUCUGCGGCGACCCGCCGAGCAGAAGUUUGAUCCGCCAGAACCUGCGGACGACGAGUUCUUGAACCUAGACAUUUCAGCGGCUCUGUCACCUAUCGACUCUGACUUGAGCAGCGAUGAAGCUCUGGAUAGCCUUCGUGAUCAGGCCGCCACCGUUUUGCAACGCAUGCAAGAAGCUUAUAAGCAAAGAACCUUUGCUAUGCACCAGGCUCUAGCCGAUCGGAAUGAGAAACAAGAAGAACUCGAGGAAACUCGGGCACGGGUGGAUCAUCUAAAGAUGCAGCUGGACGGCAUGGCCGCCAAAGUCCUGGACCAAGAGAAAGCCAUGAAGGCCAUGGCUGAAGAGUUGGAACAGGAGCGGCGCAUGCGCCAGCGUGAGGAGUCUCGCAGCCGCAGCCGCACUAUGCGUGCAAUUCCCCCUGAUGAUGAGAUCCCAUCGCUUGUGCUUCAGACUCCUCACCGUGGGGGCAAGCGUACCAGCCACGGUACCUUUACAAGCGAUUCGGGCUUUGAGUCUGGUGACGAGAGCGUUACUGAUAGUGUCUUCUCACAUAAGGAGAGUGUCGAGUCACCGACGUCUACUCUGACCGCUCCAUCGCCAAAUCUCUCACAUGUUGCCUUGUCGGCACCUUCCUCCCUCCCAAACAUCCAGAAGAAUCUCGUUGCCGCCACCACCAACUCCACGCAGGCGCGCUCAUCUACAUACGAGCGGGUCAUUAAGGGAAUUGCCUCGACCCGCCUGGGCAGCUCGAUCGUUGGAAAUGCGAAUAACUGUAACAUUUGCCAUGGCAUUCCAGCCUCAGAAGCUUGGAGCGUCAUGGGAGUGCUCAAGGACGAAAACAGAGGCCUCAAGACGCGCCUAGGAGAAUUGGAAUUGGUUAUUGAUGACUGCUUAGGUCUUGUCGGUCCUUGA